UUUUUUAAUAGAGCACUAGGUCUAAAACGAGUAAAAAUAAACAAAACUAAUAAAGAUAAAAUACAUUAAUAAAUUUGAGAAAUAAAUAUAAAAAUUUUAUGAACAAAAUUUUAUAGUGAUUUGUGAGUAUAAAGUUAAAUGAGAUUUUUAAAAUAAUACAAAUUAAAUAAAUAAAUCACGCGGGUAUGGUCGAAUGGCAAAUGCAAUUCAGAAAGUCUAUAACGAACCCAAGUUCAAAAUCUCACACUUAGAUUAUCCAUCCAUGUGACCAGAUGACAGAGGUAUCUGAUUUCCCCUACGAACAACUGGAUCUCUUUGGUGUCGGAGACAUGUUCCCGGAGAUCAAUCUGAUGGAUUUCGGUCCACCGAAUAUCCCCAAUCAACAAAAGAAAAGUUGAAAUGAUUUUUAAUAUCUGUAUACUAUAAUGAUAAUUUAAAAUUUAUUUAGUAAAAAAAAACAAUUUUUCUCUUUACAAUUGAAGAAUAACGAAGGAAAAAUGUGUUUGAUAUUAUACUUCAAUUCUUAUAAAUGAUGUAAAUUUUGAAAAAUGUCACAUUUUCUCUUAUUGUUACCUCUGCAUGUAUUACCAAUUGAAGCAUUAGUCACACAACUAUAUUUGUUUUUCAUGUAGUAUUGAUGCUUGGUCAUUCAGUCCGCGGACCAAAUUUGUGUUAAGUUCUUUUCUUAAUUUUUGUAUAUAAUUCGUUUUUAUUCCAAAUAUACUAGGUGAUUUUCUCGUACUCAUGCACGGAUAUAAAUAUUAUAAAAUAAAUAUAUUAUAAUAUUUUUUAAUAUUUUAAUUUUAAUUAUUCUUUAAUUUAUAUUGUAUGAAUGAUUUUAAAUAACAUUAUAUUAUUUUAAUUAGACAUAUAAUUUUGGAUAUAUAAUAUCUCGACUAUUUGGUUAAUAUUUGGAUAUAUUAGAUAAUAUUUACUUUUCUGGUUCAAUUAUAAUAUUUUUGUUGUACAGCUUAAAAUUUUGAUUAAUUUUGUUAUUUUGAUGUAGUUUGAUUCUUGUCUUAGAUUUUUAAACAUAUUUUAGUAAGAUUGUGUAUAAUUCAAUAUAUAUUGUUUUAAGAAUCAGAUAGUAAAAGUAAACUAAAGUGUUGACGAUUCAAAGUUACAUAAAUAAAUAUAACAAUGAUAGUCCAUUGAAACCUUAUGCAUAUAUAUAAGAGUUAUACAAAAUACUUAAUUGUAAUAGUUGGUUGAUAUAUAUAUAUAUAUUUAUAAUAUUAUUUGAAAACUUAAUAUUUAUUUGUAAUAUGUUGAGCUGUUCUAUAAUUUAUAUGUAUAAAAAUAUUACUAUAAAUAAAACAUAUUAUUAUAAUUUAAUGUUUGACUUUGUAUAAAAAAUUUGAAUUGGUUUAGUUACUCAUUUUGUGGAUAUAUUGUGUUACAUAUAUUCUGUCAAAUUAAAGUAUAAAUAUUUAUAUUCAUUGUAUUAGUUUGGUUGUUCAUCUUAUAUGUGUAUAUAUAUUUUGAUUUUUUUAGUAAUUUAGUAUAUGCUAAUUUGGAAAACUAAAAUUAUAAAAUAAAAUGAUGAUAUAUACAAAGUUACAUAAAAACAUAACCGAUAAAUUUUAAAAGGGAAUAUUAUUUCUUUACUUUGAUAUUUUUCUAAACUUUAAUUGUUAUGGAAUCACAUUAUAUAAAUAAAAAUAUAUUUUUCUUAAAAUUUAUUAAUAUCUUAUUUAUCAUAUAUGUUAAUUUUUAAAAUAUAAAAAGGAACUUAAAUAAAAAAGAAAGAUGAAAUUAAAUUUUAUUUAUAUCUUAAUUUAUGUUAUUAAAUUAUUUUGUAACAAUUUGAGAAAUAUAUUGAUUUAAAUAAAAUGCAUAAUACUUUUAAAAUAUAUAUUAUGUUUUUAAGAUUAUCUUUUAGAAGGGAAGAUUAUUUCUUUACUUUAAAAUCAAGAUUAUUUUGUGAAAUUUCUUUAUUAUGAAUUACACUGUAUAUAUAUAAUAUAUAUAAGAUAUUUUCGUUUUUAAAAUUUAUAAAUUUUCUUUAUUAUAUUCGAUUUUUGAAAAAUAAAUAAAAAAGAAACCUAAAUAAAAAAGGAAAAAAUAGAAAAAAAUAUAUUUAAUAAUGAUAAUUAGAUAUAUUUAUUCAUUAAGUAUAUCAUCGUAAUCAACCACCGUGAGAGUUAACGUGAGCGCGACACGUAGAAAACUGAUUUUCCAAAUAAUAAUAUUAUAAAGAUACGAUAUAUAUCUCUCCAAAAUAAUAUAUUCAUGUAUAUAAAAAAUAUUCAGUUUUGGUUUAAUUAUUUGUCAAAUUUAUUUAAUAUGGGUAUUUAUGUAAGAAACUGAUAAAUAUUAAUAAAAUUUAAAAUUUAAUUAUGUUUAAUCAUAAACCGAUAUAUUAUUCAAGAAGUCUAACCAAAUCACUCAAUAUAUAUUCAAAAAUAUAUAAAUAAAACAAAAACCAAAAUAAAAAUCUGGUUAACUUAAAAAAGUUGUUUAUUCUAAAUAAAACUAGUAAAUUCAAAUAUUUCCAGUUCUUAGAUAUUUUAAUUUCAAAUAACUAUUAUUAUAUAUCUAAAAAUAAUUUAAAUAUAUUGAUUAUUUGAAAUAUAAAUAUAAAUGUAUACUUGUAGUUUCUAAAUUAAUCAUUUGAUUAUCGUUGCAAAAUUAAUUUGAUCAGUAUAUCCAAAUAUUUUUAAAAAUAAGUAUACAUGUUAUUUAAUUCGAUUUCAGAUCAUAUAAUUUUGGUUUCUUAUAAUUUAUCUAUUCAACAUCCCAAAAAUUUAACUAAACCUAUUAGAAAAUCAAAAGCAUGAACUUUGCCCAAAUCUAUAGUAUUUGUUUCUUAAUUGUUUUUAGUAAAUUAAAGAAAGAAAUUUACUUAAAUUUAGAUAUAGAAGAUUUCUUUAAAAAAACUAGUGUAUAUAUUGUUAAAUAUAGAUUUUUUCGGCUAUUUCUUAAAUAUAGAUUUUUUACCAAAACUUGAAGAUUUUUACCGAUAAAAUAGAUUUUUAUCUAAAUUAAUUAUUUUUUUGCAAAAUCUGAAUUUUCCUUUUCGAUGGCAAGAGAGCGUGAGAACCACGUCCUGAGAUUCUUUGCGGGCCAUGAUAGAUGCAUGACUCAUGCGCCAUUAAUGCUAAAAUUGUCGAUACUUCUACCAUGUCUCCCCAUAACAAUACGUUGCUAAUAUUCAUUUUCUUUAUAAAAUUAACACAGUGUAACGCAAAAAAAAAAAAAAGAGUCAAAAACUGUUAUGGUUAGUUCUGUAAAAAACGGAAGGCGCAUUAACUAUUUUAGUUGGUCAAUGAAUGUGAAUAGGCUAUAAAUUAGUAAAGAUUAACUUGCAGAAUAAUAUUAAGUUCCUAAUUGGUUGUUACAAAAAAAAACUGAAUAUUUCAUUCCCAUUUUUGUCGCUCUUUCGUUUUGACCAUCACUAAAAAAAAGUGUAUAUAUAUGUUAAGCACAACACAAAGAGCGUGACAUAGCUUCUUCAGAGCAAAAAAAAAACGCUGAAACAAGAGAAUCACAGCAGAAACAAAAGGAACAGUGAAAGUCAGGGUUUCGUGAGAAGAACCUCGUUCAAGCGUUUGUGAACGCGGAUUUAUGUCGGCUGGGUUUGAAUCAAAAGCUCUGAUUUCAUCGCUGAUUAACAUCUCUUGUCCGAUUUCAUCAUCUGCUUGUUCGAACCCUGGUCUGGCAAACGCACUUCACUUCUGCUCUAAGCAGAGGCUUGUUCUCGAGAUUCCCUCUCUUUCCAUGCGCUUAAGGCCCAAAAGGACUUGUUCUGGCGUUGAAGUGUUCGGUGGUUUUCACAUAAAGCAGCAAAAGUUUUCUUUUUUCAUAGUUCGCUGAGAUUUUUUUUUUAUUACAGAACCCCUUUUUUAAUCUGAGUGAUUCUGUUCUGUUUUUUUUUUGGUUCUUCUGGGGGGUUUUUGAGGAUUUUGGUUGUGUGAUAACGACAACAAUGGUAGCGAUUAGGAAACAACGUGUUACGAAGAAACCAAAGAGUGAUAACUCUUUAUCAUCCGAUCCUCAAGAAACCCAAGUUUUGAGAAAAGUGAGGAUCAUCGUGGCCGAUCCUUACGCAACUGAUGAUUCCUCUAGUGAUGAGGAAGAGAUGAUCCCUAGGCCUCGUCCAGUGAAACGCAUUGUCCGUGAGAUCAACUUUCCACUGCAUUCUGAUAGUGCUUCACCGGAUAGUACUGUGACCAUGAGCAAGAGAGCAGGGGCGGCUAGGUUCGCGGCUUCUCGUGCCAAGUUACUUAACAAGCCUGUUGGUGUCAGGCAGAGGAAGUGGGGGAAGUGGGCUGCUGAGAUUAGGCAUCCCAUCCUCAAGACGAGGAGGUGGUUGGGUACUUUUCUUACUCUGGAAGACGCUCAUCAAGCUUAUAAAAAGAAGAGGAGAGAGUAUGAUGAACUUCUCGGCAUCGUUGAUGAUCCUCUCCCUGUGUCCGAGGAUGCUAAACCUGAGGUUUCUUCGUCUGAGAACAGUCAGUGCUCAGGCUCUUCAACCACUACUUCUCUCGAGCAAGACGCUUCUUCUUCUUCAGCUAAAGAAGAAGUGAUGAUGAAGAUCACUACAAAUGAUGAUGAUGGUGUUGAUUUGAGCGAGGAAGUGUUGUUUGAUUUCAACUUUGCUGAUCUACAAAUCCCUGAGUUCAUUGGUGACGGUGGAUCAAUGGGAGGUGGAGGUGGAGGAAACGAUCUUGGUCUAGACUUUGAUUGUUUCUUCACUGAUGAUCAGCUUGAUGAUUUUGGUUUGCUGGAUGAUAUUAGCGGAUUUGAAGAAAGCGGUCCGAGUGCCUUACCGGAUUUCGACUUUGCAGAUGUUGAGCUUGAGCUAGCUGGCUCGAGUUUCCUGGAUCAAACCUCGCCUCUCAACAUGACUUGCUCCAUGAAAAGUUUUGCUGCUUAAGAAUAUACGAGUUUUCUUUCAAGUGAGGAGAGUUUUUAUGUUUUUCUUUUGGGUAUUUGAAUAAGACAUACAAAGAAGUGUAUGUUCCAGAGAGAAGUAAGAUCGUAGGACGAUAAGUAGCCGGGUUUUGCAAUUAGGAGUGUUUUUUAUUUAUUUAAAUUAUUGUUUUGAGAUGUAAAAGAUGAAGUAAUGAAAGUUUGAUGCUCUAAUGAUUCAUAACUGUUUUUGCUUC